ACCACACGAGGCAACCUCUGAGCCAGCGAGAGUUUAAUAUAAAUCAAGCUUUUUCCCUUCAUUUUUCGAGCUGGAAUUUCAAAAAGUAGUCCUCGCAUUGUACCCUUUUUGUUGUUUUAAAUAAAGCAAAAAAUAAAUUAAAUUCGAAAAAAAAAAAAAGUAUCUAUCUUCUACCUAUAAUCAAUCUAUCACCGAACAACCACACAGAGAGAGAGAGAGAUAGAGAGCGAUAUACAAUCAAACCCAUUAAAUAAAAUCUCAAACUAUUACUGGGUUUUUUCUGCUCAUCAUCAGUUUUUGUGUUUUUCAUUUUCUAUUUUUUUUUUUUUUUUUUUUCCCAUUCUGUCGUUGGUCGUGUUAUGAAUUCCCUUUUCGCACCCUUUUCGAUGGUUUCUUCUUGCUCUGGUUUUUUCCGUUUUGUUUUGUUUGUAAGUGUUGUUUUUACAAUAGGCUGCGCUUCAUCGGCGCCUCUGUGUCCGCUCCAAUCAGAUAAGUUUCGAAAUAGCCUUCAAUCGCAGUGCUCUGUUGGGAUCUCGCCAAAUCCUCCGAUUCAGGUGUAUGGAGAGUUCCUGGAUGGAGAGUUCCUGGACAGAGCUUUGAGCUCCAAACAGAGAGACACUUAUACUUCGGUACUCUUUUAUGCUUCCUGGUGCCCAUUUUCUCGCAGUAUGCAUCCUACAUUUGAAGUACUUAGCUCCAUGUUCCCACAAAUGGAACAUUUUGCUAUUGAACAAUCUUCAGCUCUGCCAAGUGUAUUUUCAAGAUAUGGAAUCCAUAGUCUCCCCUCAAUUUUAUUGGUGAAUCAAACAUCAAAGUUGCGAUAUCGUGGUCCAAAAGAUCUCCACUCCCUUGUUCAAUUUUAUCAGAAAACAACAGGGCUCGAACCAGUGGAAUAUUUUGCUGAAGAUGAAUCAGCCAGCUUGGGGAGGAGUGAUGAAUUAAUCAUGCAGUCCUGGAACAGGUCUUCACUGAGACAGAUGAUUCAGAACAAACCCUACUUGGUAUUUUCAGUAUUCUUCCUCUGUCUGAGGUUGCUUAUAUCCAUAUUCCCAGAAGUCUCAUCUCGUCUAAAAGCUUUCUGGGAUUCAUAUGUUCCUCACUUAAACUUGGAAAUAUUUGGUGAGACAAGCCAAAUAUUUGGGCGUGCCCUUCACAUGAUCGAUGUGAGGAGGGUCUUGACCAAACUGAGACUUUGCAAGACCAGGAACUUCCGUGAAGGUGCAAAGAAUGCUCGGGUUUGGGCUUCCCUGGCUUCUGUCUCCCUGGGUGAAUCUUCUUCAUCUAGGUCAUCAUCCUGAGGUUGAAGUCACUGUACCAGGCGAGCCAAACUGAGGAUUGAAAGAGCUUAUUGAUCAGAUAGUGUGAUACAGAGUGGUGAUGCAAUACGGUAUUCUCUCUCUCUCUCUCCCUCAUCUAAUGUUGGUCAAGUUUUACUGUAGUGAUGAUAGCUGAAGCUGUUGUCCUUGUUUGAGUUGGGUCUUUUUGGGAAGGAAGCAAACAAGCAUGUAAAUUGAGAACAGCUCUCUUUUUUGUGUAUAUUAAUGUAAUGUCAUUUGGAGGAACUACUUCACACAUCAGUACAAUGUAAACCUAUUUAACUUCUCGUCGUGUCUUUUUCUCUCGC